AUGAUCGCCAUUCGCUCAGCAGCCUUGCGAUCAUUUGCACCAGGCUUGGCUUACGCCUCUGCCUCUGGGUCUGCUUCUAUCCCUACAGGUCACGCCUCAUCCUAUCCCAGAUCGCCGCUUUGGCUUCGCUGCGCAUCUCAAGUCGCCACUCCAUCCACCUCUUCUCAUGAUCUCGGCCUCACAGCCGCAGCUCUCCUCCCCCCGCUCAAAUUGCUUCGUCGCAUCCUCAGAUCUCAUCGCAAAUACCUCGAUGCGAAUCAGCGCAGUCUGGGCGAUGCUUACGUCAAGGAUGAGUUUAGGCGACAUCGAAGCGUGGAUCAGCCGCUGCAGAUCGUAGCAUUCUUGGCAGAGUGGAAAAAGUAUCUGGACUUUCUCGAUCUGCAGCACUUGGAAGGCGGUCAAUUCAAGGGGCGACAGCUGGACGAAGAAAAGUUCAAAAAGCUCUCCGACGAACAGCUCUACCAGCUACACGAGUUUAUGGUGGCUGCCAAGGAGGUUUACGAUCCCCUCAAGGCCAAGGGUCAGCCUCCAGGUGGCGCCAGAGCGGUGCAGGAAGCGGUGGAUGGCGCUCUCAAAAGAGCUCGAGAAGAGGAGGAAGCAGUCGAGAAGAAGGAGCAGUGA